AUGGCCAGCGCAUCGAGGCAGCAUUCCCUGUUCCAUCAUACACCGAGGCGUGCCGUUUCCGGAGGUGGUUGUACUUCGAGUUAUCGUUCGCAGUCAACCCUGCUGUGCGGAGUUCUUAACAACACGAGCGAAGGAUUCAGGGUGGAUUCAGGCUUCGAGACUUGUGACUUCGAUUUUAUUGACUUCCGCGAAAGGAUGCUCCCUCAUCCGGCUGAGCAGGAAGGUGGUACCAUUUUCGGAGAUUUUCGCACUUCGCUGCGGACCAGCGUAGCUGACAGACGGUGUUCCGGAGUGAGCUCACGCAGAAUGUCGGACUGUCCCCGACGGAUGCUGAAUCUUCUUCAUGGCACAAAGUCCCGUAAGAGCCGAAUAUCGUUUGAUUUUUCUAAUCAGGCAGAAAAAUCGGUACAAACAUCGCCCAUCAAACAUCCGAAUAAAAAUUGGCGCUUCGAGGAUGCCCGCAGAGCGAUUCUGGUGGAAACGGAUGCUGCUGUCGGGCAACCGCGAAAAAGUCACGUCUUACUGCUCCGUUUUCCCGAUCCGGAGUUAAGCAAAGAAAUUGUUCAAGGUUUUUCGUCAUGUAUUGACAACGUUAUAUUUCACCGGCAAUCGGCGCCAAGGUAUUGUGUUGUGCACUUAAAACCGGACGCGGAUGUGGAUUGUGUUAUUAAGCACAUUUCAAACAUACCUUUCGGAACGGGCCAUAUAAUAGUUGAAAGGAAAACACGCAACACAGAUCCAAAACCAGUGGCGCAACCAGAAGACAUCGAUCCGUACACACUGUUCAUUGGCAACCUACCGAACGUGAUUACCGUUCACACGAUGAAGCAAAUGUUUCCUGAGGCCAAGCGCAUCGACAUCGGCCAUGCACAGCGUAUUAAGCACACCCGGUACGCCUUCAUUCGCUUCACAAAUGUGGAGGAAGCCAUCCACGCGUUCAACGCCAACCACAAUAAGGUCAUUGACGGAAAAAACAUCAUCAUUCGCUUCCGGCGGCACAACGCUCCGAUUGCGCUUCCGGAGGACACCACGACACCGAAAACGCCCAAGCGGCAGAAGGGUCAGCUGGUGGUGUCAGUCGAACAUAGACCGAAACGGAUUUCAGCUACUCCGGGUAACUCGGACACGCUGAGUACGAUUAAAACGGAAAUACUUGACGAAGAUGAAAACGGUGUACAAGUUCAAUAUGCGUCGAAAGCUCAGGCGGGACAUCCUCUCUCCGUCAUCAAGUCCGAGGGGGACGAUACCGACAUUGAAGACAGCGAGGAAGAAGAUGUGGACAACAUACGUGAUUUUCUAGAGGAACACGCAGAAGACGACGGACUAAACUUGGAUGAGAUCAACCCGGAUGAAAACUACUGCGAAGAUGACGACACCGAUAUCGACAGCUUUGGUAAAAACUACUGGACUUUGGAGCAGUUGAGGCAAAAUGCAAACGAAAAUGGUUCCGUUCCUAGUCGAAAUGAGGAGCUGGAUGUUGAGUCGACAACGAAAACAUCUUCUACCAUGGUAAUCAAACGCAAGGAACACAAGGCCCCAACAACAGCUACCAAAACGAAACGUCGCGAUGAUCAGCUUAACGACAUUUUCAGCUGUCUGGAACCGGAUGAUGAUUUAUCGUUAUGAGAUUCGGUGGAGCUGUUUUCGGACUUCAUUCAGUACGUUACGCUUAACUAAAGAGCUGGUGUUGACUCUUUGUCCUAGUGGUUUGUAUGUAACCGAAAGCGUGUUUUAGGUGCCUCAUAUGCGUUACGAAGUUAAAAUGCGUUUUGCGAAAAACGUUAUGGAUUCUGAAAGCUGUAGCAUUGCUCGACUGCGUUUUGCCAAACAAUAAAAUUAAUUCUAGUUAUGCAGCGAGAUAGAUUAAGCAAAUUAGCUCGUUAAUAAAUUGACACAGCACGGAAACUAGCACGGUCCCAAACGACCGCAGAUCUUCCAUGGAAGGCACAGGAACAUAAAUAUUGAUGCCGAUUAAUUAGAGUAUUCUAUUCAAUUCCAUUAGUUUUUUUCCAACUUUCAUUCCUUCAUCAUUUCACGGUCAUAAAGACGUAAAAUUAUUUUAAUGAUAUAUUUGUCAACAAAUACCCUGUUUAUCGGUUUUCGUAUGCCGUUUUCGAUGUUUAGUCUCACAACACUGAAUGCUAUAUUGUAAAGAUUCAAAUGAAUGCUUACCGGAAUGAACCUAGUCUUAGCUUUGUGGGAGAAACAAUUUAACUUUGAUUCCUUCACGAAUCGUCCCGCAACUCUUGAAUUCUACUAAAUAUUCAAUAUAAGUUUUAGUUUUAAUUAAGAUUAAUUAGAGUUUGUUAAGACUAAUUUAUGCUUGGCAGUGAAGCAUAUUUGCGUCAAGUCCCAAUUAGUUAAUAGAUGUAUAGAUUUUUUCAGUAAAAAUGCGUGUGUUACUCAAUAUUAAGCUGUACUUUAAUUUCUCAAGUACAAACACAGUCUAUGGCCUUCCUGGUUCAAUAUUAGUUCAGUAGAGCGAUAGCUUAUUGUUGACACUCAUUUUUGUCAAACCCUACAGGAAGUUUGGCCGCUAGUUAACUUUACUUGUGCUCCAAUAAACUAGACAUGAUAAUUCAAUCACUAUUACACCAAUUAUAUCCAGUAAUUUGUAAACUUUCCCUGUCUAGCGCUGUACAGCUUGAAGAAAAACAAAAUCCCAAGCGAAAAGAUUCCCCAAACUCAGUCGUUGGUGCCCUUUGUCGGUGGUUCUCUUCUCUUUUUUUGUUAGCUUCGGAACACAUCAAGGGAUAGGAAGUUUAUUGAUUUAUACAUCUUUCACUUAAUAUAUUCACUAGCCCAGUACUUGAACAAACAAUCGCCACAGGAAGCAAAGGCGACCUGUGCUUUAUAGAUCACAACGCCGUUUCAAUGAUAUGGCCGUUUUUAUAACCAUACAGAAGCACCAGUGACGUUAGCUAUCGGCCGGUCU